CUAAACCUAACCCUAAACACUACCAACCCUAAACCCUACCUAACCCUAAACCCUACUAACCCUAAACCAUACCUAACCCUAAACCCUACUUACCCUAAACCCUGCCUAACCCUAAACCCUGCCUAACCCUAACCCUUUCUAACCCUAAACCCUACCUAACCUAAACCAAGCUAACCCUAAACCCUGCCUAAACCUAACCUUAAAACCCUACAUAGACCUAACCAUAAAUCCCAUCUAACCCUAAAACUCUUCCAACCCUAAACACUAAAAAAUAAUCUCAAAACUGAAAGCUAAAAAAUCCUAAACUCUACCGCUAUGUAAUUUGUUGUUGUGAUAUUCAAAUAACAAAUUACAUAGCGGAAUUCAAAUCUUACAUCAAUUAUUUUAAUUGCCAAAAUAUUUUGAAAGUUGAAUCUUAUGAAUAAAAAAAGUAAAUUAUAUUUUAAUAACGUUAAAUUUUGUUAAAAUAGAAUGAAAAACUAUUAUCAUAAAUAAAUAAAAAAAUUUGAUGAAAUUUGAAAAUCUUCUAAUCAAUAACAAUUAAUUAGUAAUUUUUCAAAAACCCUUAAACUAUUAUAGCAGUAGAAUCUCAAAAAAAAAAAAAAUCUCAAACAUUUAUUUGCCAAUAAUCAUCCUUAAAUCUUUGCUCAUUCAAAAAAAUAAUAUUAUUUACAUAAAUUGGAAACAAGUUUUGUUUUUUGACUAGAGACCCAAGUUUAAACUAUACCACUAAAUAUUAAAAUAUUUAAUUGUUCAGGAAUAACAAGUUAUUGUUCUUAAAACAAUAAUCAUCCUUAAAUCUUUACUCAUUCAAAAAAAUAAUAUUCUUUACAUAAAUUGGAAACAAGUUUUAAUUGUUUUAAAAUAUAUAUAUUUAUAUAUUCGAGAGUAGACAAUGCAUAGAUGAUACUAAAUUGAUCGCAAGAAUUCUUUUUGGAAAACACUCUCGAAACCUGUUCUUGGACUCAGCAUGCUGACCCAUUCCGUGGACUGUUCGGGUGAUUUUGGCCGGCGUGGGCUGUCUGUGCAGUAGACACAGGACGUCUGCUGCAAUGUAAAGUCUAAAACGACUCUCGGCAACGGAUAUCUCGGCUCUCGCAUCGAUGAAGAACGUAGCGAAAUGCGAUAUAGUAUAUAUUAUAAUAGAUGAGUUUUUACUCAAUUCUCAGCCUAUCCACCUCAGCAUGUGGAUCCCACUAAAUUUCUAUGUAUUAAAAAAAAAUUAUGUUUAAAACUGUUUAAUAACGAGUAUAGGUUAAUAUCUAAUGGGCUUCAUCAUAAAAAUCAAAGAAAAGACCCAAUUGAAAUCUAUUGUUUUUUUUAGUUUCGUAAGCGUCGUCUUCCUAGGAGAAAAAAAAAUAGGGCUUUCCUCCAUUCCUUCAGACAAAUCUCAAAACACAGAAUGACCUUUUGUAUUUUUAAUUACAACUAUUUUUAUGGAUUUGAGUGAGUAGAUCGAGAGAAACAAUGAUGUAAAUAAAGUUUAUUAAAGUUUAAUGUUAUUAUAAGUAUUGAUAAUCAAUGGAUAUAUAUAUGUGAGAGAGAUUUCAUGAAGUCAAAAGAAAAUAAAAAAUUGUAAGAUGACAAGAAUGAUAUAUAAAAGUUUACCAAAAAAAAAGAAUGAUAUAUAUAUAUGUGGAAGGGAAAACACACAAAGAACAUGCAAAAUUAACGUUACAUAUAUAUGUCUCAUACAAAAAUAAAUGAAGUGAAAAAAGAAAACUAAUAAGUGAAUGUAAAUGUAAUUAAGUGAAAAUAUUCAUUUUUUUCUGAGGUAAAUCAAUCAUACACUUUUAUAUUAUUUUGAAUAUAAUCUCAGAAAAUUAAUUGAAAGAUUUUCCUUACAAAAAUAUAAUUAAUGCAAGUUUAUGUUUAUAUGCUUAGGUAAAUGAAUCAUGCACUUUUAUAUUAUUUUGAUUAUAAUCUUCAAAAAUUAAUUGAAAAAGUUUCUUUAGAAAAAUAUAAUUAACACAAGUUUAUGUUUUUAUGUAGAUUGAUAUGCUUAGGUAAAUGAAUCAUGCACUUUUAUAUUAUUUUGACUAUAAUCUCAGAAAAUUAAUUGAAAGAUUUUCUUACAAAAAUAUAAAUAAUGCAAGUUUAAUUUAUAUGCUUAGGUAAAUGAAUCAUGCACUUUUAUAUUAUUUUGACUAUAAUCUCAUAAAAUUAAUUGAAAGAUUUCCUUACGAAAAUAUAAUUAAUGCAAGUUUGUGUUUAUAUGCUUAGGUAAAUGAACCAUGCACUUUUAUAUUACUUUGACUAUAAUCUCAGAAAAUUAAUUGAAAGAUUUUAUUUACAAAAAUAUAAUUAAUGCAAGUUUAUGUUUAUAUGUGUAUAUAUAUAUAUAUAUAUAUAUCAAUCUAAAAUAUAAUAGAACUCUCAAACAAUUUAUAAAACAUCCUACAAAAUGAUUCUCUCCAAAAAAUAUAUAUUAAUCGCAUUUGUUUUCACUAUUUUUUUCGCGACGUCAAUUGUUCGCUGCACCGAUAUUGUUUCAGAUUUCGGAGUAAAAAAAGCAUAUAAUCUAUGCUAUGGUCCAUGUGACGACAAAGGAGUGUGUACGCCGUUUUGUUAUACCAAAAAGGGUCCGAUAAGGGGAGACUGUGUUGGUGGCACUUGUUGUUGUGCUGAACAUUUAAUAAAAUAUUAAAUAAUAUCAUUAGAUAUUAUAUCUCGCAUGAAAUGAAAUAAUACUACCAAUAAUACAUUAAAUGCUUUUACAAAAAAAAAUAUAAAAUGUUAUUAAAUUGAAGUUACUUUGAUUAAUCUCGAGAAAACAUUAGUCACAGUUGCAUGUCUUUUCUAAAAAAACAUUAAUAAAAGUAUAGUAUAUAUUAAUAAUGUAACCAUCCAGCAUGACAUAGAACUGUAAAAUAUGGAAGGGAAAACACGUGAAGAACAAUUAACGUUACAUAUAUAUCUCAUGCAACAAUAAAUGAAGUGAAAAAGCAAACUAAUAAAAAAUCCGUAAAUGUAAUUAAGUGAAAAGUAAAAAUAUUCAUUUAAAAAUAAAAUAUUCAUUUUUCCGAAAAUAUAGAGAGCAUUUACCGAAAAAUUCAAUAUUUUUGCAGGGGUUAGGUAACACAUAGAUUUUGAAAAAAAUCAGAAAAUAUGACAAUACUAUUUUAAUGCAUAAUAGCAUCAUGCACUAACAUAUUAUGAAGUUCAAAGAGGAUGUAAAAUCAUAGAGAGCAUACCACUGAGCAGAAACCAGAUGGUUGAUAGGAAAGGAUGGCAUUUCACAAAUAAUAGGAAAUUUACGGUUAAAUCAAUAUCAAGUAGAGAAGAUUUACCCGGAUAGGGAAAGAUCACCAGUAUUAAUUGGAGCUACAGUUGAUGUUUUGAAGGCAUUUUGUUGGAAACUAAGGUGCCCACCAAAAAUAAAACAUUUUCUUUGGCAAUUGGUUUUAGGGUGUGUUGCAGUUAAGAAGAAUUUGCAGGCGCGAGGGAUCCAAGGAGAUAUAUGUUGUGCAAGAUGUGGAGCGGAUGAGGAGUCGAUUAACCAUGUGUUUUUUUAGUGUCCUCCAGCAAUUCAGGUUUGGGCACUGUCAAAGAUACCAACAAAUCUAAUUAUUUUCCCAACAAGCUCUAUAUUUACAAACAUGGAUCACCUUUUCUGGAGAGUUGCUCCACCGAUGGAGGAUCAUCACUUUGCUUGGAUAUUUUGGUACAUUUGGAAAGAAAGAAAUAAUAAGGUUUUUAGUAAUCUGGAUAUGGACCCUAGGGACACUCUUAAGUUGGCAGAAACGGAAUCCACACUCUGGGCAGAGGCACAUAUUUUGAAGGACAAGAACACGGGAACACAGGUUCAGGCAUCUCUGCCGUCAAUUCCUGGAAGAUGGUGUUUUACAGAUGGAUCAUGGAAAGAGGGGGAUAUGUUCUCUGGUCAGGGUUGGUUCAGUACUUUAGAAGGUUUUGAAGGUCUAAUGGGAGCCAGGAAUGUAAGGGCUUCUUUAACUCCCUUGCAUGCAGAGAUGGAGGCGCUACUAUGGGCAAUGGUAUGUAUGAAGAAUUUACGUCAAUUCCAGGUUAAGUUUGCAACGGAUUGUUUUCAAUUGGUGAAGAUGGUUUCAGAACCAGAAGAGUGGCCAGCUUUUGCAAGUUAUUUGGAAGAUAUCAAGAGUCUGAAAGAGAGCUUCACACGAUCAGAGAUCAUACAUGUACCAAGAACGCAAAAUACAAAGGCGGAUAACCUAGCACGCAGUGUCAGGAAACAAACGUCUUUCGUCGUUCACAUGGAUCAAUAUCUCCCGGUGUGGUUUACAGAGUCAAUAUGAGUCUGUAAUGUUGUCGACAAAAAAAAAUUGUCUCCAUUUAUCUAGAGAAUAGCGAUUUUAUAGUGGUUAAUCCACCAAUUUAGGGAGUAUUGUGAGUUUUACUAAAUUAAUUGAUAAAAAAUUAAAAUGAUGUACAUGUACCAUGAAAGAGAGUUUAAUAUACAUUAAUACAAAUGUACAAUGUGUCUAGAAAUUUUAAAACAACACUAAAUAUCAUAGACUUCAAUGUAUAGAGCAUUUACAGAAAAACUUAAUAUUUUCGUAGGAUUUAACAUAUAAAUUUCGAGAAAAAUUUGAAAAUAUGAAAAUAAUGUUUUAAUGCAUGGUUGAAUACUGCACUAACAUAUGAUGAAGUUCAAAGAAGUUUGGAACCUUUGCUAUCUACGUUUAUCUAGAGAAUAACGAUUUUAUAGUGGUUAGUCCACCAAUUUAGAGAGUAUUGUGAGUUUUACUAAAUUAAUAGAUAAAAAAAUUAAAACGAUGCACAUGUACAAGGAAAUAGAGUUUAAUAUACAUUAAUGAAAAUAUAGAAUGUGAGUAAAAAUUUUAAAACAAUAGUAAAGAUCAUAUGAAUAGAGCAUUUAGCGAAAACUCAAUAUUUUCGCAGGCAUUUAGUGAACGUGCUAUUUCCCCAUGAUAACUAUCGUAUAGCAUCAGAUAUCCACCAAACUAUGACCUCGUAUUGUAUAUUAAAAACGUAUUUCUCCCCGAAUUAAAAGUUACAAUCUUAUUUCUCCCUAAACCGAUAGUUUCAAAUUUAUUUAUACAUGAACUAUGGUUUAAAUCGGUUUACAGUUUACCCAACAAUAUUAACCAGUUAAACCAAAAAAAAUUCUAAUUUUAAUUAAACCAAAUUUGUUGAACUAAAAAAAAAAGAAAUAAUUAAACCAGACCCGUGACCCAUUGCACUCUUCUUCUUAACCCGAGAAAAAAACUAGCGAGAGAUGAUGGCACCUCCUCCUCCUCCUUCACCAUCAUCGUCUCCUUCUCUUCAACAUCUCACCUCCAAAAAUUAUUUUCCUUCCGGAGCACCACCACCAUCAUCUUUACGUGGAGAAAUUGAAUCCUUAUAAUAUGUAAAGUUUGGAACGGAUCUUUUUAAUUGGUUGGGGAUUAUGCAGCUUCAAGCUUUUUAUUUAAUGUAGUUAUGAUCUAUAAGACAAGUUUUGUAAAUAAUCGCAAAUUAUUUGAAGAAUGGUUUCAUCAUUAAUUCUUCGGAUUUGUGUGAUCACUAGGUGAGGAUUAUCCAGCUUGUUUGUUUAUUCAUCCUCGCAAAGUAUGAAACUUUACCAUUGAAGAUGAUGAACUUUUUUGAUGAAUAGUUAAGCGUCAGAAUUGAUAAACUUGGAGUCUGGUUUGUGCAGAGAAACAGAAAUGUGAUAUAUUCUUAGAAUCUAAAAUCAAGUCAGCAUUUUUUUUUCCAGUUUGUUUCUAUGACGAAAUGUGAAGACAAACAGGUUGCAAAGAGGAGACGGAGAGAGCAUGUCUCCGUAGAAAGGAUGAUUCUACGACGGCGGAUGCAGAGGAGGCAGAAAGAGCAUUUUAGAUCGGGUUUAAACGGAGCUUGUUCAGCGGAUGCAGCUGAGUCGGAGAGAGCGCCUCUGAACAGGUUUAAUGGAGCUGUGUGUGUUUGAGCUGUUGGGCUAUUGCAGUGGAGUAAUCUGCGAGAUUGUAGAGAGAGAGAGAGAGAGGUAAGGGUUGUUGUCGGGUUAAGAAGAAGAGAGCAAUGGAUCACGGGUCUGGUUUAAUUAUUUCUUUUUUUGGUUCAACAAAUUUGGUUUAAUAAAUUUUUUUUAAAAAUGGUUUAACUGGUUAAUAUUGUUGGGUAAACUGUAAACCGAUUUAAACCAUAGUUCAUGUAUAAUUAAAUUUGAAACUAUCGGUUUGGGGAGAAAUAAAAUUUUAACUUUUAAUUCGGGGGAAAAUACGUUUUCAAUAUUCAAUUCAUGGAUAUUUAGUACGAGGUCAUAGUUUGGUGGAUAUCUGAUGCUAUACGAUAGUUAUCAUGGGGAAAUAGCACGUUCACCCAAAAUACCGCGUAAUAUUAUAUGAGGAAUCUUCUUAACCCAUCACGAUCUCGCCACGUGUCCCACCAAAGCCCACUAAAAUCCCUCUUUUAACCGCCAAAAUGAACCAAACUAACCACACACUUCCCCCAUUAACUCCUCUCUUCUUCUUCUUCCUCCUCUGAUCACAACACCAAUAAAAAAAUGGCUGAUGAAGAUCGUAUGACGUUAGCACCGACGGAAAUUUACGGCCGGAGCGACGAAGAACAACAGAACGGACCAAAAAUCUGGCGUCGGAAAACAGAAGAUCCUCCAGGAAACUGUCUCGUCUACUCCUUAACAAUCAUCGUCAUCGUCUUCGCAGUCUGCCUCAUCCUCUCCAUAAUCUUUCUCCAUAUCUUAAAACCAGAGAUCGAGACCGUAUCUAUAUCCACAAGAGAUCUCCUAUUCAGCGGCAACUCAUCGAGCCCUUACUUCAACGCGACGCUAGUGAGCGAUAUCUCGAUUCGAAAUUCGAACUUUGGAGCUUUCGAGUUCGAGGAUAGUUCGUUGAGAAUUGUUUACGCUGAUCAUGGAGUUGUGGGAGAGACGACGAUUGGCGGGAGACGGGUAGAGGCUCAUAAGACGGUUAGAGUAACCGGGAUUGAGGCUGAGAUCGGUUCGUUUCGGUUAUUGAAUACGAGGGGUUUGGAUUCGGAUUUGAGGUCUGGGUUUUUGGAACUGACAAGUGUUGCUGAGGUUAGGGGAAGGAUUAGAGUGAUGGGAAGGAGAAAAUGGAAAAUUGGUGUGAUGAGUUGCACCAUGAGACUUAAUUUAAACGGCCGGUUUAUUCAAAAUUUGUUAUGUGAUUAGUAGAUAUUGAUCGGUUUUGUUAUCCGGUUCAGGAUAUUACUAUUCUUUGUUGUUUUGUCUGUUUUGCGAUAUAUUCAUGGUCUUUGACUCUUUGUAUAUGAAAUACUUUUGUUUACGAAAAUUCAUAACUAAAAGGUUAGCGCGUUAGGAAAAUGAUAAAUUAUUUUCUCAA